GUAUAUUUAAAAAAAAAAAACAUUUAAAAACGAUGGUAAUAAUUACCAUUUGUUUAUUUAACAUGACCUAAUCUAACAUAGUAACAUGUUAAUGCAACGAAACACUGGAAAAAUGAACAAAGAAAAAUUGAAUUCAAUAAAAGCAAUUAUUCUAAAUGAUGACAUGUCAUUGAAUUAAAUUUUGUACACAGUAUGUAUGUCAUCUCAUUUAUUAUCAAAUAUUCAAAAGGUGACUUAAUCAUCUAGGUUGACGAUGAACGCUCUUUUUGGGGCUAUAAUAAGGCAAUUUCGGAAUCAAAAUUUUUCAAACGUCGGAAAAUCUUCAAAUCUAAGCAGUUUUGUUUUUUCUUAAAUAAAUAUUUUGACAAAAACGGCCAAAUGCCCCCACACGAAUGUUAACGAAUUUUGUCUAUUUUCAUUACAUAAAAAUCCUUGCUCAACAGCUAUUAUUACGAAUAAACACGGUCGCCGUUGGCAACGCAGAAAAAUAAAAUAUUCGACGCGACUUGUUAUAUUACUUGCCGGAGCCGUUCACGAGAUGGGCAACGUUGUGGUAAGGCCGACAUCACCGUCAUUGUCGGACGCCGACAGCAACGCAGACAACGACUCGAUCGCGUCGUCCUCCGAAGUCGUGCCGCUGUCUGCGCAAGUCAACAACGACGACGAAGACGACGACGACGACGACGGCGAAGACUACGACGAUGACGGCGAUCAGUCGGUCGUCGAAAAUCGAACGAACGCUCCAAGCCGGACAAAUCGACAGCAGCGGACGACUGCAGGUCGGCCAAAGACCGUCGCGAAGCGGAACAGACCAACUGCGGCCGCGAACGAAGACGGCCGCGGCGAUACCGACCAACCAUCGUGGUCGGUCGUGGUUGACGAAAACGCGGUAGCGUCAUCGUCGCCGACCGAGGGUCGUCGGACACGGCCAAGCCGACCACCGCAAGUCCGAGACCGGUCGCGGUCGACGUGUUCGCGGUUGUCGUCUUCUCGGACACGCCACCGCAGCCAAAGCAGAGUCGGACGUCGCAGUCGUCGUCGGUCGGCCGACCCGGCAGAGCCCGUCGUCGUGAUUGCGGCGGAGGAACGAGCCUCGGUUGCCAAACCCCAGUCGCGCCCUCGCAGGUCCAAAAGAACAACGGCCGGCCAGAGGAGGAGGAGGAGUUAGUAUAACAGAGACCGUUAUGAAUGAUUUUUUAAAAUAUCUAAAAAAAAGCUAUUCAUACCGACUGUGAACGAUACCGAGCGUGGGUCUAAAAUAUAUAAUAUACGGCAAGGGAACAACAUCGAAUUUAAGUAAAAUAUUUGAAUAUUUUUCAUAGUCAUGGACUAAAUAUUAAAUAUAUGUAUAAAUUAUAAUACGUUUUAAAUUGGUUUGAUUCUUAGUUUCCAUUGUCUUUCGAUAAACGAAACAAAAUUUACUUUUCGAAUACCAUACUAUAUCAGACCAUGUUAGAUACAAUAUAGGAUAUCAAUGUAACAUAUUAUUUUAAAUAAAUUUAAAAAUUUAAAAAUUUAAAAUUUAAUUACACAACCAACAAUAUUUAUGUAUUUUUUAACAUUACAUUCGUACGAUUUUUAAACAACACAGGUCAUAUUCUACUAUUGUAUGAUAAAACAACGUGUGUCACGAAAGGCUCUCUCUCACCACUAAUCAAUGUAUGGCAAUACGUGGUUUCCAUGCAAUCUGCGACCAGGUCAGACAUCAGUUGUUAACAUAUUUAUACCUUUGCGUGUUUAUACGUAGUCCAGAGCGAGUGUUACACUCCCAAUUGUUAUUAAUAUUGUGUAAUAUUACUAUUUAACGUG